AUGUCGAUUCGUACGUUCGAUGUGACUUCAUUUCAGCGCGAAAAGAGCGAUCGCAGGCGAGAUCCUGAUAUUUCGAAUGAAGAUAAAUAUCAGUACUUGAUACAGUCAACCCUUAAAAGUUCAAGAGCUAGAGAGGUAGUCGAGUCUUUUCCUCCCACGGCUGAAAACUAUGUUCAAGCCAUCGAAUGUUUAAAAGCUCGUUUCGGAAGAGAGGACGUCUUAGUGGAAGUCUAUACUCUUGUAGUUCACUUAAGAGGAGAAAAGGGCAAAGUGAAGAUUAGAGCAAUAAUUGACUCAGCUUCUCAAAGAUCGUACAUUUUGAAAAGUACGGGGCAGAGAUUGAAUUACCAACCCCACCGAAGAGAAAGUCUGCGACAUUCCUUGUUUGGUGGAGCGAGUACAGAGGUCUGUCAUCACGACGUUUAUAGAGCAUUCCUCACGGACUUCGAUCUGACUUACAACUGUAACUUUGAAGUCCUCGGCCAAGAAACAAUCUGUGCAACAAUCCCACCCGUUGCGGAUGGUAUAUGGAUGAAAGAACUUUCAGAAAACAAUAUCCAUUUGAGUGAUCAAUACCAUGGACCCAUAGAAUUAUUGAUUGGAGCAGAUGUUGCCGAAACGCUUCUGACCGGAGGUUAUAAGCUCUUACCUUCUGGUUUAGUUGCAAUCGAAACAAAAUUAGAAUGGACGGUCAUGGGUCGUACAAGAAGAGAAAAGGGAGAUGGAAACACAGAUCUGAUUGUUACUUCAGUGCUUGCAGGAGGAAUUUCUGAAACAGAUUUAUGGAAUCUUGAUAUCAUAGGAAUCAAAGAUCUAGCUGAAAAACAAUCAAAGACGGAGAAGGAAGAAGUUUCCAUGCAGCAUUUCUUGAAAACACUGAAGAGACUUCCUGAUGGCCGGUAUGAAGUGUCUCUUCCCUGGUUGGAAGGGAUGCAGCCACCUGCCAAUAAUAGAAUGAUUGCGGAAAGAAGACUCAAGGGAACAAUUCAGAUUCUUCAAGCAAAGAAUUUGCUAGAGAGCUAUGAAGAUGUCUUCCACGAAUGGCUGAAAGAAGAAAUAAUAGAACCUGUGGAUAUUACAAGAUUAAAUGAUCUUGUUUGCACGUACUUACCUCAUUGGGCCGUGAUCAAAGAGAAUUCAACAACAAAGAUUCGACCGGUCUUUGAUGCUUCAGCCAAACAGAAGAAUGAAUUAUCUCUGAACAGCUGUCUUGAAAACGGACCUAAUUUAGUGGAACUGAUUCCGAGCAUUUUGAAUAGAUUCCGACUUGGAGCGUUUGGCAUAAUCGCUGAUAUCAAGAAAGCAUUUCUCCAGAUAAGUAUUAGCGACAAGGACAGAGAAUAUCUAAGAUUUUUAUGGUUUGAAAACGGAGAUCCUGAUAAAUUGAAGAUUUAUCGCCAUAAACGUGUGGUAUUUGGAAUAAACGCAAGUCCUUUUCUCCUUGGCGCGACUAUUUCGUACCAUCUAGAUCAUGUUCCUGAACAUCUUCAAGGGGUAGCGAAAAAACCUGGGUUUUGGGAAGAAGUAGAAGCCUUUAUUGAACACUCAAAGGAAAUAAUGAUGAGUGUUAAAUUUGAUUUGAGAGGAUGCAGAUUUAGUAAGGACAAAUCUACCUUCCACCGAACUGGCGAAAAAUCCCCUGCGCAAGAAGAAAAUGUCUCAGUGUUGGGACUUGAAUGGAACCCAGAAGAUGACACAUUAAGAUGUGCUUAUAAAAAAGAUGUUUUUGAGGCAAUUCCAUUAACUAAAAGAUCAAUAUUGUCAUCAGCAAAUCAACUGUUUGACCCUCUUGGAAUAUUGAGUCCUGUGACUGUAAGAUUUAAAAUUUUGAUGCAAGACUGUUGGAGAGCUAAAUUGUCUUGGGAUGCUGAACUGUCUGAUGAACUUGCCAAAAAGUUUUUGAAACUGAAAAGAGAUUUAACUUAUGUUGAUAAUUUAACGAUUCCUAGAAGACUGGUAAUAAACCUUAAAGAGAGAAACAAUCUAUCAUUCCACGUUUUCUGUGACGCCUCUCAAUUAGCGUAUGCAACCUGCAUAUAUUUGAGAAGCGAAAAUGAAGAGGGGGUUUCCUGUCAACUCGUACAGUCAAGAUCCCGAGUAGCUCCAUUGAAACCUGUAACAGUUUCCAGAUUGGAAUUGGAUACUAUAGGAAUACGCCUCAUGACAACAAUCAAACGAGAUUUACACAUGGAAGAUGUAACUACAUUUUAUUGGACGGAUUCAAUGAAUGCUUUACAUUGGAUUAGAAAUGAAGAAGAUUGGGGAGUUUUUGUCAUGAACCGUGUUAGAGAAAUAAGAAACUAUAGUUCAAAAGGUGAGUGGAAUCAUAUUCCUGGAACAUUCAAUCCAGCCGACUUACCUUCAAGAGGAUGUUCUGUGGUCACUCUUUUAAGUCAACACUGGCAUGAUGGCCCAUCUUGGCUGAUGCAAGAUGAGAAAUAUUGGGCAGUUAGUGAAGCUAUGGUCGAUAAAAAAAUCAUAAAUUCGGAGAAGAAAAAGACUAUAGUUACUUUGGCAGCUACAAAGAAUGAAGAAUUCGAUUACUUAACCAAUAUUUCAUCUUUCGAUAAGAUAGCGAGAAUUAUAGCCUGGAUACCUGGAUUUGUCAGAAAUUGUAAAAAGGUGACUCAGCACACCUCACAAAAUUUGGAAAUUGAAGAACUGUCAGAAGCUGAAACCAUAAUUUGGAAAAUUAUACAAAAGACCUCAUUUAAAACAGUCAGUGAAGAAAGACUUCGAAACCUUCGUCCGUUCGUUGAUCCAAAAGGUCUCAUUAGAAUCAAGACACAACUUUUAAUGAGGAAGGAUUUUGAAAAUUUCAAAUAUCCUAUCCUUCUACCCCCUGAUCAUAUUGUAGUUCAUAAAAUGAUUAUGCAUAGACACAAAAUUCUAUCUCAUUGUGGAAUUCAGACUUUAAUGUCAAGUUUGAGAGAGCAUUUUUGGUUAAUUAGAAGUCGCAAAACAAUUCGCAGGGUCCUAAAAUCUUGUAUCACCUGUAAAAGAUUUGAGGCUUAA